UGCAAUGGUCUGAGAUACUAAGACUAGGAAAGGUCUUAAAAUUAUUGUAUUUGAAGAUAGCGGAGACACUGACCAUUUGUGUCGUAGUGGAGACUGACCAAUUGUGUCCUAGCAGAGACUGACCAAUAAUGUCGUUGAAGAGACAAUUACCAUUUUUGUCGCAGGGAGACUGACCAAUUGUGUCCUAGUGGAGAAUGACCAAUUUUGUUGUAGGGGAGACACUCACCAUGUGUCUCAUAGUUGAGACUCACCAACUGUGUCGAAGUGGAGACUGACCAACUCUGACAAAGUGGACUGGAGUAUGACCAUUUGUGGCGGUUAAGGUUACAGACCACAAUAUGAAUGUAAAGAGAUACAUGUGGGGAACAGCACUACUUCCAGCGAUAUGUUUAAUCAGACAGUUAGCAGACAAUAUGAGAAAUGCACUAUAAAAACAGUUCUCAACGAUACAGGGGCAAUAACCGUGUCAGAGACAGGAUGUACAAACGGUUGGAAGUAUCACGAUUAUGGUCCGUUUUCGACGGACAGAUCAGUGGUUUCAGAGUGGGACUUGGUUUGUGAAAGAAAAGAACUCGCAGAGGUUUCACAGACGCUUGUUAUGCUUGGUCAGGGCAUUGGAGCGUUUAUAUUUACAAGUUUAUCGGAUAGAUAUGGUCGGAAGGUCGUCCACAUUACAUGUCACGUGACACUAUUUGGGAUAGCUCUAGCUACGGCAUUUGUCCCAAAUUUCUCGUCUUUUGCUGUGAUGCGAGUUCUCACUGGUGCAUUCCAACAGGGUACUGGGCUUACCAUAGCGAUUUUGAACCUUGAACUCCUGCCAAAAGGGAUCCGAGGCUAUGUUGAGGUGUUCGGUCUGCUGUUCUGGACGACUGGCAUAGCCAUUAUUACACCUGUAUCCUAUAUCUUCCGGAACAUGUCAUGGCGCUACCUUCAGAUAUGUUUAGCCUGCUUGUCUUCUUGGGCUCUCAUCGAAUGGUGGUUAAUUGACGAAUCACUAAGAUGGCUGAUUGCGAACGGACGGAUAAAAGAGGCCAAGGCUAUUAUUCAAAAAGCGUGUAAGCGAAACAACAAGGACUAUGAUGAAAUAGUGUCUGCAAGUGGAUUCCGUGCUUACGAGAUGCAGUCUGGUAUAGUCCUAGAAGUCAGAAAGGAAGAUGUAACGCCAGAAACAGAGAGCGGCCUCUUAACUAGGGCAGAAAAUGGAACAGUGAACACCACCAACCAGAAGGAUGCAUCUACCAAAGCCUACACUGCUAUUGAUUUGAUCAAAUCAAAAAGAUUAUUUUUAACAUCUAUAAUCAUGUGGUUUGCCUGGAUUACUAACAGUUCUACAUACUACGGUAUAAUGUUGAUCUCUUCAAGUCUUGCUGGAGACAGAUUCCUCAAUUUCUUCCUCGGUUCUAUAGUAGAAUAUCCAGCAGCGUUCAUGGAGUGGUCCAUGAUAAACAGGUAUGGUCGGAAGCCUACAGCCAUUGCAUUUCACAGUAUAUGCGGUGUAGCCCUCAUAACUGCCACUGUUCUUACAACAACUGCAAACGGAAAUUCAGCGAUGAUAUUGGGAUCUACAGUGUUCACUUUGAUUGGAAAAUUCGCCAUCACUGGUUCAUUCAGCACCAUAUUUCUAUAUACACCGGAAUUAUACCCGACCAAUAUGAGGAAUGUCGGAAUCGGCAUGUCGUCCGCAGCAGCAAGGAUUGGUGGAAUGCUAGCACCAUUCUCAAGAAAUCUGGCAGAGACAGCAUUAUGGGCACCAGGUUUGGUUUUCGGCAUUAUGUGUGCGAUUGUUUCAGUAUCAAUGUUCUGGGUACCGGAAACCAAUCAAUAUGAACUUCCGCAGACGCUUGAGGAGUGUGAGAGAUGGUAUAAGGACAACCGGUUCAAGAUACCGUGCGUCAGCAGACGAGAAACUGAGAGGACAGAGUCAGACCAACAGAUAUCUUAAAUUACUUUUUUACCAAGUCUCAGAAAGAGCUGUCUUUUUAUUACAUAUAUUCAGAUUGUGUGAGGUAAUGUGCCUCCAUGACCAAACUCACGAAACCUGUUCCGUCGCACGAGGAAAUAUUAUUUGUGCAAGAAAUAUUAAACUUGCCUCAUAAAUAUAAACAGAAACAUUAAA